AUGCUGUCUAUAAAGGGAAAGGUGGCCCUAAUUACUGGUGCCAGUUCCGGAACAGGAGCUGCAACAAGUAUCCUGUUUGCCGAACUCGGAGUAAAAGUAGUCCUUAAUGGCAGAAAUGUAGAAAGAUUGAAAGAAACAGCAAAACAGUGUGAUGAAACACAGAAAGAAAAGCCCCUUAUGUAUCCUGGCUCCUUGCCAGAUGAAGCAGUAGCUAGGAAUAUAAUACAGGAUACUGUUGCCCAUUUUGGUCAGCUGGAUGUGUUGGUUAACAAUGCUGAAAUACUUGCAAUGGGGUCAAUCGAAAAAACUAGCCUGGAACAGUAUGAUCAAAUUACGAACACUAAUAUCAGGUUUGGAUAUCUUCCAUAA